CCAUCACGACUGGUCCUAUCUCUCUCUAUUGACAACUCCGGGGGGCCGAAUCCAACCAAAUCCAAUCCAGAGAAAACUCUGCUUCCCUUCAGGGGUUCCCUGAUUAACCAUAACGAGCUAACUACCCUCACUAAUUAUUAUCUUCUCCUUCAUCAUCCAAAAAACAGUUGCGCUCGUUUCUCCUUAUUCUUCAUUGCUGACCCGGACACCACGUAGACCAGAUCGCUUUUCGACAGUUCCUCAGUGACGUGAAAUUAGUAUUAUCUCAUUUUUUGCUGUACACCACACAUCAAACAUACUACACUAUGUCCCUUUCGUUGGCAUUCCAAUCCGGUCUGUGACAACUUGCCCCAUACCAAAUAUUCCCGAGCUGUUGGAGACAUGGGAUUGCAGUGUGAUUGAUCCACGUAUAAAUUGAUGUAGUUAAUUACACAAAGUACUUUAGUUCCAAUAAAACAUAAACUGUUUUGUUCAACCAGCCAACCAACUGAACCAACCAACCAACCAGCGACAAGAUAGUUUGUCACGAAAUAACGCAAUCUAAUAAAAAUAAUAUUGAUCAAUUGUGUCAUUAUUAUCUAGCUGGCAUGCUAUGUACUUAUGUAUGUACGUUGGUAGAGGUGCCCUCAGGUAUUGACUGGAAUUCUAGGAGCCAAAAACAAACGCGAGUGCAAAUCAAAUAUUAAUGCGGUAGCAUUGGACACAUUUUACGUAUUAUAAGGAUCCAGAGCUGCCAGAGAGUGGGCAAUGGUGAUUCCAGGAAGGAAGAAUAAGGACGCAAAGAUUAUCACUUUCAUCGCCUGCUAAACAUUAUCAUCCUCUCAACAUCACCUGCGACAAAACAAAGUGUACACAAACUAAAAAACCCCAUCUCAAUAGCAGUUAAACAAGAUACUGCAGCCGCACCAGUGGUGGAGACAAACAUUUCCCGUCCAUCCAUCAGCAUCGGAAUCUUCAGCAGUUAUCAAUUUAAAAAUCAACAUGAUGAAUAAGCCAUUGAUUGAACCCCUCCUGGUUGCAAAAGUUCAUCCAACUGAUUCAACAACAAACAUCAUUCCCAUUCUAAACUCCACACCGAUGACACCUUCAUCAUCACCUCCACAGCCACUCGUCAUUUCUGCAACAGCCAAGUACAGUAGUAAUAAAGGUGGAGGAUCCACAUCCGUGUACUCCAGCAUUGAAAAACUGCUCGGUUCCUCCAAGGAUUUCGCAGACUGCAACCACAACCAGGAAAAGGACGCCGAAUCCAAUAGUAAAGGUCCAAUUGGUCAUCGCCGUUCACCUCUAAUCAAGAUGAAAAGUACAAUCGCACGUAAUCAUCCAAACAACCACAACGAUUCCAGUCGGACCAGCAAUUCAUCUCAUAUAAUUCAACAGUCACUUGAAUAUGGAGGACAAGUCCCCUCAAGCAGUUCUACGAGCAGUGAGGAUGAGAUUCCGGAUCACACUUCACCCGAGACGGAGGGAGAGGAGGAGGAACAAGAGGAGGAAGAAAAUACAUUACACCAUCACAAAAAUCAGUCCUCUCCUGGUCCAAGAACACUGUCAUCAUCAUGCCACAGAAGACGAGGAGGUAGUCAGAGUCAGUCCGAAGAUGAGAAAAGCGGGGAUGAAUUGGAUGCGGAAGUCAGCAAGUCUCUUAUUUCCGUGGACAACUUUGCAAGCAGCAGUCAUAAUGGGUUCUCGACUGAAGGUGGAGAUAUGGGUCAGGAUCACCAUCAUAAUCAUUCAUUAUCUGAUGUACCUCCCUCCAGAAAACUGAGACGGAGUCGAACUACUUUCACCACUUACCAACUCCAUCAACUCGAGAAUGAAUUCUCGAAAACUCAGUAUCCGGAUGUGUUUACAAGGGAGGAGUUGGCCAUGAGACUGGACCUCAGUGAAGCCAGAGUACAGGUGUGGUUUCAAAAUCGUCGUGCAAAAUGGAGGAAACGCGAAAAGGGAAUGGACCCUUCUUCUGGAGGCCACUCUCGAUCUUUGGACAAUUCGCCCCACAGUCACGUCAACAAUGGUUCCUCCAACCAUGUCAGCACAGGGAUGAGUGGUAGGCUUCCCUAUUCCCUGAGCAACCCCCCGGACCUCCACCUCCAAGGCCAUCAUCCCACAUUUCCCAGUCACUUGGGUCUCAACGAAUUCCUUUGGAGUGCAGGACUCCAUGGGGCUGGUCUGUUUCCACCCUCACUUCUCUCCGCCUUUCCCGGACUCGCGGCUCAAGCGUGGACCCCAAAAACGCCUCAUCCCCCGUCCUCGCUUUUUGCACAGUACAUGAUGGGCAGCAGUCCGCCGUCAGUCAUGUACCCCUUUGACCUGUCCAGAGCCAAGGGGCAACUUGACCAGGGUUUAAAUCUUAGCCCCCACUCCCGAGGAGGUUCCGAGUCUAGCAACUCUCCCACAAGUGGAAGGCGCAGCAGUGGACACAUUAGUCCGGCAGAAGAAGUCAUCAAUUUGGUCAAGAAGCCAAAAAGAGACGCCGUGGAUGAUGAGUUUGAUGACAAAAUUAACAAACAACAUAGUAUCGACUUUCUCCGAGAGCAGGCAAAACAGUCCAUGAUUAUUCAAAGGGGAUCACCAACUACUUCGGAGUCUUAAUUUUCAUGUAUUCCUUGCAUUUAUGACUUCAUAAAUACCUAAAUGUGGAAUACAUUACAUUUAACGUCGACAUGACUUGGCUUGAAUGCUUUGUUUGGGGUGUGAGCUUAGAAACACAUGAAAACAAGGUGUUACUGUUUAGCCAAAUAUAAUAUGCACUUUUUUGCAUGUCGACUUUUUUCUGACCUGCGCAUAUUAUAUUUGGCAAACUAUAGUAAAAUUUAGUUAUCCAUGCAUAACGUACUUACCUUCGUUUCUUGCACAAUUAGUGAGUAAUGAGAGUAUGUAGUGAAACAGUUUGUAGUGCAAUAUUCUGUGUUUAGUAGCCCCUAGUAUUGAUAUGUAUAUGUACCAACCUCCCCAGCAAAAAUCAUUAU